AUGGAGGAGCGGAUGGCGGCGCGCCGCAUCGUGGUGGUGCUCGAGAAGUGCGCCCUGGAGUGCGUGCAGCCCCGGAAAGGCGCGCUCGAGCUGCUGAACAGCGACGACCACCACGGCAUCGCCGCGAAGAGCGGCAGGGACGUGGCGGACCUGCGGCCCGACAUCACGCACCAGUGCCUCAUGGCACUGCUGGACAGCCCGCUGAACAAGGCCGGCAAGCUGCUCAUAUACCUGCACACGGCCCAGAAUGUGCUCAUAGAGGUGCACCCGUCCCUGCGCGUGCCGCGCACGUUCAAGCGCUUCGCGGGCCUGUGCGUGGAGCUGCUGCAGCGGAACAAGAUCAGGGCGGCGCAGGCCAACGAGACGCUGAUGAAGGUGGUGUCCAACCCUGUUGAGAAGUACCUGCCGCCGGGCAGCAGGCGGUUCGGCUUCUCGGUGUCGGGCCGGCCCGUGAAGCUGCGGGAGUUCGCCGCGCAGCUGGACGCGGACG